AUGGGGAAGAAAGGUGUGGUGGUGGCGGCGGGCGUGCUCGCCGUGAUAACGGUCAUAUCCGGUGCCAUCUCGGCGGUUUACAUGGCGUUGAGAGUGUAUCCCAAUCCGCGCAAGCACGGAGAGUUCUGUCGGUACAUGCCGUCGCCGGCGAUGCCACUCGGCUUGGUGGCGGCGGCGCUGUCGCUGACAACGCAGGUCCUCGCCAGCACGGCCAUCGGCUGCUGCGGAGCAUGGCGGAAUGUUCCCAGCCAGACCAGGCGCGUCGUCGCCGUCCUCACGUUUGUCGCCUCCUGGAUCCUUGCGAUCAAAGUGGUGAUACUUUUCAUGGUGAGCACCCUGCUAGGGAUGGGCGGCUAUGCGAGGAAUAUCGCCAAGAAUGGAAGUUGUAUUGCGCCAGGUGUUGGUAUUUUCAUGGCAGCCACAAUCUUGUUUCUUGUUGUUGUUUCUCUUGAUGUCGCCUCAUACAUACUGGUUCGGACGGCUACUUUAGACACCUCAAAAACGGAUGUGGCGGUGAAGAAGCCGGUGGGGAUCGCCAUGGGCGAAUCAGGUGCAGCAAAAUGCUGA